AACUUGAUGCUAAAGGACGUUUUAAGUUCCGCCGUGUGGGUAGAUUCAUGUCGCUAUGGCAAGCCGAAAAACUCCGCACCCAACCCGGGACAGUGAGGACAAAUACUCAAUACUGUUACCUACUUACAACGAAAGGGAAAACCUGCCCUUGAUAGUGUGGCUGUUGGUGAAAUACUUCGGUGAAAGUGGCUUUAACUACGAGAUAAUUGUCAUAGACGACGGAAGCCCAGAUGGGACACUGGAGGUGGCGAAGCAGUUGCAGAAAAUCUAUGGAGAGGACAAAAUACUUCUACGACCAAGAGCGAAAAAAUUAGGCCUUGGCACUGCGUACAUACACGGCGUUAAACAUGCCACUGGGAACUUUGUCAUCAUCAUGGACGCAGACCUUUCCCAUCAUCCCAAAUUCAUCCCAGAAUUUAUUAAUAAGCAGAAGGAAGGUAAUUACGACCUGGUAUCUGGUACUCGUUACCAAGGGAACGGGGGCGUGUACGGCUGGGACCUGCGCAGGAAACUCAUCAGUCGGGGAGCCAACUUUUUGACUCAAGUGUUGCUUAGACCCGGUGCUUCAGACCUCACAGGCAGCUUCAGGUUGUAUAAGAAGGCGGUGUUGGAGAGUCUGGUAGAGCGGUGCGUGUCCAAGGGGUACGUCUUUCAGAUGGAGAUGAUCAUCCGCGCCAGACAGCUCAACUACACAAUUGGAGAAGUACCCAUUUCCUUCGUGGAUCGAGUUUAUGGAGAGUCCAAACUCGGAGGGAACGAGAUUGUGUCAUUCGUGAAAGGACUGAUCACACUCUUCGCCACGACAUGAUCAGCAAUGUAAUCAGUUGGGACGACCCUCAGUCAUAUAGUGCACUUUUCAGUCUUAAAGUCGCUGUCUUUAAUACAGUAGUAUCAGAAACUAAACAGAAGGGGAAACGCUCCACUUGCUGAUGGUCAGACUGUGACAUGACGGCUAACGACAACGGAGUCUUCCCCCGUUAGCAGUAAAUAUAAAGUAAUUCGCUGUCAGUAGUCGUCCCAAAUACUGAAGGAACACAGUGCUUUACAUUCCCAUCGACCCCUGAACAUAGCACAGUAUCUCAUCAUUCCCAGUCCAGACAGAUGACUGAACUCUACAUUCAACACGGUUGUCAGAUGGGAAAAAGUAUACUGCUACACUUGUGAUUGUUUGUAAAAAAUUAAACAGUUUGUAUUGUUG